AUGGUUCCCUAUCAACCCAGUAUCUUUCAUGAUCCGUCAUGGUCUACACCAUGGCAAUCAACCGACUUCGCCUCCGAUUUCCCGCCCAAUGAAACCAUCGGCCAGCGAUACAAACGCCAACAUGCAAGAUCAGACUGGAAAUCAACAACCCGUUUCCUAUCCUAUGAAUCUGGGAAAUUGGGCGGGUGGCCAUGGGGCUGGGCUAUUUACCGCAUCUCUUACACGCACACAUCCGAUGAAGACUGGGCUAGAGCAAUCGAGAAGCUCGAUCAGACCUCCACAAUUCGAACCAAACAUUUGGAAUGGGUUAAAAGCCACGGUCUUUAUUUUGGCGGCGGUGCUCCUCGUCUGGAUUUUUGUCUUUUUCUUGAUGACCGCUGUAUGCGAUCGAUUCUGGCUAGCGCGGAGCCAAUGCAGCUAGCUCGUGUACAGCCUGAUUUGCUGUCGGUUCCGUAUAAGCUGUAUAAGCCGGGAGCCAUGGUCGGUUAUGUCAACUUUAUUGAUAGUUGUUUUGACCCCGAAGACCCUGAAAAUGACUCUGGGGAGUUCUAUCAAGGAAUGGUCCGAGUCCACUUGGACUGCUUGUUCAGAUUUGCGGAAUCCUGUGAAGAUCUGAUGUAUGGAAUGGAUGAAUGGGGAGAAUACGGGAUGGAUAACGAUGCGCACAUGGUAUAUGCCGAUGGUUGGUCCUCGACAGUUUUGCCAAAGGGAAUGUUUCUUUCUUCUCCGGAUCGGAAACUCAAGAGAACAUCAAGUGUUACAGAGGAUGAAUAUAUUGAGCGCCAGGGAUGCCCCUAUACUCUCUUUCAACGCAGCCAGUGUUUCUCGGGCCGCACGCGCUGUUUUCCGCACUGA